CUUAGAAGAGGUUUCGCUAUCUUCAUCGGCCGAGGCCAGAGUGUAUGGCGGCGGCUUGUUCUACCUCCAGAAGUCUGAGACCACCGCGCUUUCUGGCACGGAAAGCCGCAUCUACUGUUCAGCGAGCCGCGCGCGCUUCGUUGGCGACUCCGGAUGAUGUCGGUCAUGACUCUAGUACUUCCAAAUCCAAAAAUCUGCGAGGAUUUUUCGCAUCUCGCCCACAUCGCACGGUCUUUCAUGUCGCGCAUCAAUCGGAGAGAUUGUUUCUCUUCGCCUACCACGGAAACGCUCGAGCUUUCUCCACCGCGUCGGCAGGGACGACAGAGAGUGGUUCUAGCUUUCAAGCAAACAGGAAAAGUGCAGCGCGACUGCGCACGUACUACGAUGUCUUGGAAAUUGAGGAUCGACAGUGCGACAAGGCCACGAUCAAACGGCAAUUUCGGAAAUUGGCGAAGCAAUACCACCCAGAUAAGCAGAACGCGGAGGCGGGGGCCGCCGGCGCAGGAGCGCACGUGCAAAACGUAAACUUGGAGGAGAAGUUCCGGGAGAUACGGGAGGCGUACGAGAUUCUGGGAAACAAGUGGAAGCGCGGCCUGUACGACACAGACCUGCGCAACGCCCAGGCGGUAGCCACCGAGGUCGAGGAGGAGUCGUGGACGCGGCACUGGGACAACGAGAGUCUGCAGGACCGGGAGAAGCGGCGCGAGCGGUACCGGCGCUAUGCGCGCGGCGACCGGAACGACUGUCCGCCGGCGGUGCAUAACGUGCCCCUGUGGGGUGCGUUGCUCGGUGGCUCUAUCAUCUCCUUUUCCGUGUGGCAGAUGUGCGUGAUGACGCCUGAGGUGGACGGGUUUCGGGCGGAGGAGACCUUCUCAGAUUCCGAAAUGGACAUGAGUCGGAGUUCUUUGGUGUUUGCCUUCUACAACCCGGUCGAGGAGACCUGGGAGCGCGUGCUCGACCCACAUGGACGGGAAAUUCUGCCGCGCGUGCACUUCCUGCAGGACCGAGUGGCAAAGCCAAAGGGCGUUUCAUCUGCAGGCAAGGCAAUAAAUGGACGAGACCAAGAAGAACAGAUUGAGCCAUGUAGCACAGCAGCCGCAUCUACUUCCGUUGCAGUAGAAUCUUUAUCUUCGCCGAAACCGGAGGAGAACAUUCUACCAUCGGCCGAGCCACCUUUUGUGACGACGGCAAGUGAAUUGUCGCGGAUGCCUUCCUACGUACCGCCCCCGAAAGCGCUGUAUGCGCUGUACCCAAAAGUGAAGGUGCAGAAGGCGUGGCCAGAAGUGGAAUUGCCGGUGGUGCUGCUGCCGCGGUGCCGGGUACGGUACUGGCCGCGGGUGCGGUUUCAGAUCUUCGAAGAUCAGGCUGACGGCCGACUCGGGACUCCCGGGCCCAAGUGCGGUUGGGUGCGGGUAUAGUCAAAUACUGCAAGAACGGAGAAUGUUACCAUAUCCAAGUAGAUUCGCUCCUUCGUAACGCUCUAGAUUCGAU